UACAUAAGGAUGUUUGACAGCCCAGUGUCUUCCUGGUUCAUAACAGUAUGAGCACAUUGCUCUUAUUGAGACUCAGCAGAACCUGACAGAUUUGAUCUCAAGUUACUGAACUCACGGAGCCACCGAUUCCCUCGGCUUCUUCCUCCCCAUAGGAGCAACGACCCAGUAGAUUUUUUUUUUCCCUUCCCCUUGAUGGUUUCUAGAUUUGCCAACCUGUGACGGGUCACUGCGUGGACAGCAGGAGUUGUAACUGGAUCUUCAAUCCAUUAGGCAGGCCCGUGGAUCGAGGAAGCCUACAUUCUGCAAUGGAAAGCAACCCCUUGGAAGAACACAGCCUGGGCCUACUGCCCUGGUUUAUUGCAGCAACCCAGAUCCUUGGCCUGGCUGCUGUGGUCAUGACUGGGGUGUGGAUGGGUUACUAUGAAGGGGGCUUUGCGUGGGAUGGAACUUCCCUGGAGUUCAAUGUCCACCCUCUCUGUAUGGUGAUUGGAAUGGUCUUCCUCUAUGGAGACUCAAUCCUGGUGUACAGAGUGUUCAGAAAUGAGAGUAAAACCACCGUGAAGAUUCUGCAUGCAGCCAUCCAUCUAGUUGCACUGGUGGCAACUAUUGUUGGUCUAGUAGCUGUGUUUGGUUUUCAUUCAGCACAGAAUAUACCAGAUAUGUACAGCCUGCACAGCUGGUGUGGCCUCAUAAGCAUCAUUCUCUUCUGUAUCCAGUGGGUUGUGGGACUAAUAUUCUUCCUGUUUCCUGGCGUGUCCUACUCUCUCCGAGCCUGCUACCGGCCGCUCCACGUGUACUUUGGACUUGGACUAUUUAUUCUGGCUAUUGGGACCUCCCUGCUCGGGAUCACUGAGAAGCUUCUCUUCUCCAUUGGAAGCACCUACUCAAAAUUCGCAGCUGAGGGAGUCUUGGCGAAUGUGCUGGGCCUGGUGCUGAUCGGCUUUGGAUUGACAGUCGGUUAUGUUGUGACACGCAGCGAGUGGAAGUGGAUAACAAGCCCUGAGGAGGAAGCCCUCUCCAUGCAUUUCAAAACCUUGACAGAGAGGGAUAGCCCUGAUUCACCACAGGGAUCAUAAAGAUCAAAGUUCAAUCAAUAGCAUCAAACGAAUACAAAUAAUAACCCUGCUCAUGCUACGUGAGUGAGUGACUGCAAAAAGCACAGGGUCGGUUGAUGUCUCACUCUGUCUCUUUAUCGUUAUUAAAACCCAUAAUGAUU